UUGUUAAAAGAAAUAAAUUUUUUUACCAGAUUAUAUGGCUAUCAAAUUGAUCCAUUAGAAUAUUUGGUGUAGCAACAGCCUUUGUCAAUCAUCACAACACUGUUAUAAGCUUUUAAAGACAAGGCAAAUGGAAGACGUUAAGAGAGCUUUGACAUACUCUAUAUAAAUAAUUUUUUAUUGGAUAUAAAUGAAAUAUUAUAUUUUAUAUCUCUCCUAAUAUGCUUUUGCAGAAUGUUGAGAUUUAAAAAGUAUAGUUGACAGGUGUAUUGGAUAGAGUAAAUAUAUUGAAGAAGUAUUUAUUAGUUGUACUUAAAUUUCUUUUUCUAAUAAACAAAAUUUUAUAGAAAUAGAAUAAGAUUUCUUUGUGUGUGUGAGUAUUUAAACAUUGAUAGAAUGAUAAUUUAUACAAUAAAAAAAAAUAUUUUAUGUGUAUAUAAUUUAUUUUUAUGCUUUAUUGGAUAUAUCUUUGUUUUGAAUACUACUUUUAGAAAUAAACAUAUUAUUGUGUGAACUUUGAUAUUGGUUUUUAAUAUAAAUACAGAUAUAAUAUGUAUUAUAAAAAGUUGCACCAAUUAAUACUAGAAAUGAUAUUAGUCCUAGUAGCUCUGAUGGAUAAGAAGGGAAAUGAAUACUUCCUAAUGACAAUGUUAAAUGUAAGGUUGGUAUUAAGGAAGAAAUUAGGAAGGACAAUAGCGCCAUCUACAUCGUUCCUACGAGCAAGCGUGGCUAAUCAAAGCACCAAAAGAAAAAUGAGCAGCUCCGAGGAGGUAUCUUGGAUCUCGUGGUUUUGUGGCCUCAGAGGCAAUGAGUUUUUCUGUGAGGUCGAUGAAGACUACAUCCAGGACAAAUUUAAUUUAACAGGGUUGAACGAACAAGUGCCGCACUACCGACAAGCAUUAGAUAUGAUAUUAGAUCUCGAGCCUCUAGAUGACGAUUUAGAUGAAAAUCCAAAUCAAUCAGAUCUGAUCGAACAAGCUGCAGAAAUGCUUUAUGGUCUCAUUCAUGCACGUUAUAUCCUAACAAAUCGAGGAAUUGCUCAAAUGAUUGAGAAGUAUCAAUCGGGUGAUUUUGGUCAUUGUCCACGUGUAUAUUGUGAGUCUCAACCAAUGUUACCUUUGGGUCUGAGCGACGUUCCAGGAGAAGCGAUGGUUAAAAGUUAUUGUCCAAAGUGUAUGGAUGUUUAUACACCUAAAAGUUCUAGACACCAUCAUACCGAUGGAGCAUAUUUUGGUACAGGAUUUCCACACAUGCUGUUUAUGGUUCAUCCAGAAUACAGACCAAAACGUGCAACAAAUCAAUUUGUACCUAGGUUAUACGGCUUUAAAAUUCAUCCGUUGGCAUAUCAAAUGCAGCAACAAUCUGCAUCAACUUUCAAAGCGCCACCAUUAAGAGGUAUUAAUUACAACAAUGGGAAACGCUAAAAACACUUUGACAUACUUUAGAUCAUUUUUCAUUAUUCAUAAUGCAAUUCCUAAUUUUGUCCCUGCGAUUAAAUAAAAUAUUAUUUUUUAUAUCUCUCUUCAUACAUCUGUGCAACUUGUUGCGAUAAAGGCUGUUUCUUAAUCUUUCGGAUUGUACGAUACAGAAACCUCCCAAAGCUUUCCAAGUUUAUCUAUAAAGAAGUAUUUAUGUAUUGAAAGAGAGCUAGAGAAAAAAGAGAGGGAGAGAAAGAGAGAGAGAGAAUGAGAGAAAGAAAAAGAGAACAAGUGAGAAUGAGACAAAUCUAUCAAUCAUACAAUUGAUACGAGAAGGGAGAAUAUUGGCAUUUUUAUUUCAUUUAUCAAGUAACAAUUUACGUUUACAUACAAAA